AUGGCUACCACCAUGGCUUUGUCCCCCUAUAGGAAUUCGCUUGUCAUUUCCCUUCGUCUUCUUCUUGUUCUCGAAUGGGUCAUUUUUCUCUCCUUCCAUUGGUCAUUCGGUUACGCGGAGCUUCAAACAUUCCACCAUCCGUUGAAACCCGAUGGCUCAAUCAGUUUUCUAGUGAUUGGAGAUUGGGGAAGAAAAGGGUAUUACAACCAAUCUGAGGUUGCACAACAGAUGGGAAGAAAAGGAGAGGAAAUGAAUAUCGAUUUUGUCGUGUCUACGGGAGAUAACUUCUAUGAUAAUGGAUUGAAGGAUAUAAACGAUCCGAAUUUUCAAGAAUCAUUCACAAAUGUCUACACUGCCAAGAGCCUCCAAAAGCCAUGGUUCAAUGUUUUAGGAAAUCACGACUAUAGAGGAGAUGUAAAGGCACAACUAAACCCCAUUCUUAGGAAAACCGAUAGUAGAUGGCUUUGCUUAAGAUCUUUCAUCCUUAACACAGAGGUGGCGGAUUUGUUUUUCGUGGACACUACACCUUUUGUCGAAGAAUAUUUUACAUCCCCCGAUGGACAAUUCUACGAUUGGCGAGACAUUCUUCCUCGACAAUACUAUAUUGCCAAUCUCCUUAAGGAUUUGGAGUUAGCAUUGGCCCGAUCAACUUCCACGUUGAAGAUAGUCAUUGGUCACCAUGCCAUUCGAAGUAUUGCUCACCAUGGAGAUACAAUAGAACUCAUCCACAUGCUUCUUCCUAUGCUUCAGGAUAACAAUGUUGAUUUUUACAUUAAUGGACAUGACCAUAGCUUGGAGCAAAUUAGUUGCAUGGGAAGCCCAAUGCAAUUUUUCACAAGUGGAGGAGGGUCCGAGGCAUGGAGAGGCGACGAAAAAGGAUUAGGAGACAAUAAAUGUGCGGUUAAUUUCUUUUAUGAUGGACAAGGUUUUAUGUCUACACAAAUUAGCUCUACCAAUGCGAAGUUUGUGUUCUAUAAUGUGAAUGGAGAAACCUUACAUUCCUGGAAUCGAUCAAAAUUGUUUCAUUCUUCAUUUUGAUUCG